ACUCGGAAACCGGUGAAAGGAUCUAAGGCGCAUCACGCACCAGCUGUAGACGAGAACCAUAUAUCAACCGCUGGAGACGAUGCUGCUCACAAACAGAGAAAGGACGAUCUACUGUAUGGGCAGGCGAUUAGAGAGAGCGAUCUGUACCGAAGUUCCAGUGGGAACGGUAGAACCAAUGUGAACAGGAGGGUUGGAGACACCGACGCUCUGCCUACCGCUACUAAGGAGACCGUCUCAACGGUUAAGGAUGGUGUCGCGGGGGAUAUGGACACGGACAUGGGCUCAGCGGCGCCCUCGAAUAUGAAGUCUGAGAAAGGGAAGCGCAAAAAAACACCAACAGGUAGUCAAAGGGGUGCUAGUGCCACUACAGACCCAGGCGAGCGUGGAGGGGUUGCUAUGACAACCAGUACGAGCAAGAGAUCGAUCGCGAAAGAGAAGCACACACGCUCCAAAGACGAGGGAACCGUUGUGGGGAUAUCAAGUACAGAGGUGAAACCAAUGCCACACUCAGCACAAUCGACUACCCAUAAGGCACGUGAUACUGGUUGCGGCAUCCUGUCAACUCCCGGUGGCGGUGCCGAAGCUUACAAUCCGGAGCGAGCUCACCAAAACUCUGCGUUGGUCACAGGUGGUAGCCAGACGGUCGAGAAUCAGUCGUGCACGAACACUGGCACUAGUACGAGCACGGUGCCGAUGAGCCAAACCGCGAAAGCCAAGAGCAGGGGUGGGAAACGCAGUAAGAAGGCGAAAGACCGCGAGAAGGAACGCGCACGGGACAAACCGCAGACACCUGUGCGCAAGACGAGCCACGAUGUAGACAGCGCCAGCAACUCAGACAAGGCGGCUGUAGAGGCGGUGGUGGUAAAUGCACAGACACAGGGGACUUCUACUAAGGGGAAGCACGCGCACAAAACUCAGAUACCUGAUGGAGAGCACCGCACACCUACGAGUGGUAGCCGGACUACCAGCAGGAAAUCGGUGGGGCCUGUGGGGGAUGAUCGAUCGACCGCAAACGACACACAAACACACCGACACGCAGCGGAUAGUACCACCGCCAACGGAGACAAAGACGUAGGCGUAAGCACAGGCACACGCGUCACAAAUGCACCCCCUCCUGCCAGAGAGGGUAGGAAGGCGCGCGACGACGACACGGCACGCGACGAAGCCGCCAACCCAGGCAGAAGCACACGGAUCGGUCUAUCACGCAAUCUGUUUGCGAACGGCCCCAAAGACCAUCGCGCACGAGGGGCGGACAGUGGCUAUGUAGAGAGAGACGAUGCAAUGACGAUUAGGGCAAAAAGCAGUAACAGUUACGAACGGACCAGAAGCACGGGGUCUGGUACUGGAGGCGCUAUGGACGAGGCAACGGGGGCGGCCGAUGUGGAUACAGACCAUCGCCACCCGGAUACUCGUGCGCGGGAGAGGGUGGAGGCCCAUGAGCGUCUGCAGUCCAGGGGAACAAAGGGUAGCGACCAUACGGCUAGAGAUGGGGCUGCGAAUGCGCUGUUACGGUCACAGUCGUAUUCGCAGUCUCAGCAGGCGAGGCGGUCUAACAGUCCCGCGAAGGGCAACGACAGCGACAACCGGAGCGUAAGCCGGGCGGCGGAGGUCAACGCUGACUCGCUGGCACACAGAGGCGGAGAUGACGGGCGAGGCAAACCGUACCAUAGGAUACGCAGCACGGACAGCGAACGCGAAAGAGACAGAGACAGAGACAGAGACAGAGACAGAGAAUCACACAGACGAGACGACGGCGACAAAGGCCGAGACCGAGACCGGCAACGGGCUGUGGGAGGUGUGAGUGGCAGUGGCAGUCGCACUGAAAUGGCGUACUACAGUGUGCGAGAGCGCAUGGGUGUGGCCAGUUCUCCCGUCAGCGCGAAUACCUGGGGUAGCGCCAGACCAACCAAGAAGGCGUCCAGCUAUGGAUCACAGUCUGACGGUGGGUGGGGAAGUGGGGCUAGAGAUGCGCCGGCAAAUGGGGCGGAAUCAAUCGACAGCACACACAGUGGCAGCGCUGGCAGUGACGAUUAUGCGAGUAUGGACGAGCCUCAGGCAGACUAUGUACUGCCCAAGUCAGGCUAUGUGUGCAGUGAAGGAGAGGGGUACACAGAGAGAGCUAAGGAGCGAUGCCGAGACAAGAAAGCCGAGGACAGGGAGUGUGACCGAAGCUACGACGACAACAUGAUGGUCAGCCGAGAGGUGCUGCGGGAAAGAGAGAGGAAGCGGCGCAUCAUGGCACACGAGGCCAUUGAGGAGGCGAAGCAGCGCGAGCGUGCCAGGGAACGCGAACGCUACAGAUUAGAGCGCGAGAGGGAGAGGGAGCGUGACGCGGAAAGGAGCGGGGAUCGCGAUAGACGCAGAUAUCGCGAAGGGGGAAGCGUGUCUGUGCUAUGCGAGCAACCGAAGUACCAGCCACCCGGUAGGAGGCGGAGCGACAUGCUGAAGGCCGAGAGGUCCAGAGCCGAAGCAUUAGAGCUGCAACAGCAGCGCGAACGACGACGCGAGCGUAAGAUGGAAAGCGACAGAGAGAGGGGGAAUGAACGCGAAAGCGAUAGGGAGAGUGAACGGGGCGUAUGCCGGAAGAGGGAUGGGGAUAGAGAGGAACUUAGACAUGGUAGCAGAGAAGAAGACAGAGAGGAAGUAAGAGAUACAGACAGAGAUAGAAGCGCAGAACGGUUCAGGGCAGCAGAUAAAUACGCCACCGCGACCAAACGCGGGAGCGUGGAGAGGCUUCUUAGCGUGGAGGGGCUGGGCAUUAAGACCAGACACCCGGGCGUAGAACGGCGCAGUAGCAUGGGAGGGAUUAACAGUACGGACAAGUGCCCGCAGGGAGACCUGUACAUGGGCGAAGCCGGGAACAGAAGGAGAGAACGGAAUAGAAGUAGAGAAAGGAGCCGAAGCCGAGAUAGGAGCCGCAGCAGGGAUCGCAGUAGAAACUGCAGCAGUGACGCACGACGACGCCGUAACAGUGAAGACGACAGGGACAGACAGAGAGGAACCGACAGAGACGGACGAGCAAGGAAUGCCGUGAGUGCCCGACCGAGUGAUAGGCACAAAGACUCGUACACCACCAGUGACAGUGAAGACGACGACAAAGAUAGGACGUAUGGCAGCUCCGAGUAUCGGAGGAGAGAGGGGCGUAACAGCAGUCCGGAGAGAGCCUCAGACGUGCACAGGAGAGGCAGAGAGCGGGGCAGAGACAGUGGUGAUCGUGGAAGUGAGUGGGAGUACAACCGCAUCCGAGACCGGCAGCUAUACGACCGGUCCUAUUCACCGUCGCCCAGGAGCUCUCCCGUGGCGAUACCAUCAUCAGGGUUUGCCUCGAGCGUACGCCCGCAUGCGCAUACGCAGGCGAAUGCACAUGCGCACUCCCUCGGCAGGUAUCGCUCCACUCCCACAUCGCCUGCUAAGCAUAUCCCCAUGCUCGCAAGCGGGAACACCGGCAAGGCGCCGUCGCGCCAGUCUGUGAUCAUGGAUCUGAUCAACAAUGCUGGGUUGGAUGACAGCGUCGCGUUUGAAAGUAGUAGUGACAGCGACGUAGGCGGCCAGGACGAUGGGUAUGAGAGCAGCCGCAGCGACUACCGCAACGGAGACAGCAGCGGAGGAGAGUACCUGAAACGGCUGACAAGCGCUGUACUGGAACUGCACGACUUCUCAGCGGACGUCACCACCGAAGACUUAAGGGACCUUCUGGAGCCGUACCAACACAAUGUGGACUUCCGCUGGGUCGAUGAUACACACGCCUUAGCGGUGAUGCGCUCGGCCGAGCUUGCUAAUGCGGUGUACGCUGACAGGCACAGUCUGCCCAUUGGGGUCAACCUUUUCAGAGACGCCACCACGGCAUCACAGAGAAAGUUCGACCGCACGCGUUACAGAACCACUAACCACAAUGGCAAUGGCAAUAGCGCCAGCGGAAGUGGCUGGGGUGGACGUCCUGGGUCUGGACCAGAUAUGUUCCGCAGAGAAAGACCGGUGACAUCCACAGCCGUGGCCAACCGACUGGUGAGUGGGGCAUUGGGUAUUCGCGUGGUGCGUACGGAGGAGCAGAAGCAGAGCGAUCGCGAGAAGCUGGACACUGCUAAGGAGAAGCGGCGGUUGGAGCGGGAAGAACGCGCGCGAGAGCGCGAGAGAGAGGAGAGUGCGACACCCAGCAGGGACACAGGCAUAGAUACCGACCGAGAUAGAGACGGAGAUAAAGAUAGAGAUAGAGAUAGAGAUAGAGAUAGUGACAGAGAUAGAGAGCGAGAUGCAGAUGGCGAUGUAGACGCCUGUGAGGGUGGUAGUGCGAACCAGCAGUGCAGCGAAGCACCGGAUAGCCCGGUCGUGGGCGGGAAUAGGAAGUCAGUGUCUUCUUAA